AUGUCUUUGCCUCCAGAACAAAUAAAUAUCAAGCGUCGCAGAGAAGAGGAGCCGGUCGAGACUUUAUACAUUCAGUCAGAGCUGCAUCAGACUAAGCGUCGAUUCACGGACUUUGUUUUUCAAAGAGUUCAGAUCAGUGGCAAUAGCCAUGAAGACAGCUCGUCUAGCCCCUCUUCUUUCUCAGCAGCGCGGAGAAAAGUGCUUACUCCGCGGUCGGUGAGCAACACCGUCUAUCCAACUACUGGGGGCGUGACCAACCGCGUUGCUGGUGCAGGAGCAACUGUCCCCUUGGUAAGAGCCACGUCUCCUGGGGCAGAGUUCCGCGAGGAACGUCGCCUGGCGAACGCUCGGAAAGAAAAUGAGGAGAAAUUGAGAAAAGCCUUGCUUUCAACGCCUACAGAAAGCCAGCCGGGAACCCCAUCUGCUGUUCCAGCUUCUAAUGGAAUCGAUGCCGCUAGAAAGGUAGCGUCAUCUGCAUCCAGUGAGAGAGGAAGCCUGGCUUCCUCGCCGGGACGGACGCAAUCUCUACGCCGAUUCCAGAUAUCUAGAUCCACUACGCCAAUGAGCCCGCUCCGUAGCACAGGCGGUGGUGUCCAGAAACGCAAAGAUGGCGCGGUCGCGGUGCUAGUAGAGAAACUGAGGCGCACGCCGCAUUCGAGACAAGCGUCGAUGGUUGCUGAUGCUGCUGCUCAGGUGGAUGAACAGGCAAGCAUGACGGUUGCGGGCGCUCUGGCCUCCGAGCCCGAACGGCCGAGGAAGCGGCCGGUGGUGAACCAGGCGGAGAAGAAAUGGAGAGAGGAGCGUAAGAGCGCGAUCUCGGCUGCGAAGCAGCAUAUCUCACAGGUGCUGGACAGAGAAGCUGAGGCGGCCCAUCAGAGUAAUUGGGAGAAUGAGUCGGAACGAUUGGCAAGGGAACUGGAGAAAGUGGCUCUGGAGCUGGACUCAGAAAUGGAUGUGACGGCCACCGAAACAGACUACACGCAGCGAUCGGGGUCGCAGUUUUCGAGACCGUCUCGGCCUCAUUCGGUGAUGCCCAAGCCUCCGUUGAAAUUCCAACCGCGCACGCCCAAUAAGCAUCGUGCGGGAGCCUCGGACGCACAAGUGAUGCAAGGGCCAGUCGAGAAAGUUGAAGAGGCGGCGAACACUCUGUCCGCGGGGCCUGAAGAGGACGAGAGCGACGGGGAGUACGUCUACGACACGUACAUACGGAAGCCACUUCCAGACACUGGACUGCUUACGGACCCAUUAGUUGGUUUGGAUGCGGACCAAGAGGCUUGGUUGCGGCAGCAUGGCAUUGAUGCGAAUCGCCAAGACAUUGGAGUUAUCGUCAUCACGCAGGAGGAUGAGGAGUACUGGGAAAACUUUGUCGAAGACGAUGAGGACGAGGAACGGUGGGAUAGCGAGGAUGCAGAUUCGAACGCUGAAAAUAAUCCCGCAAAUGACUAUCCAGAUGAGGAAUUGUCGUGGGAUGAUGAAGAGGAUGAUCCAACGGCUAUCUACAACAAAUACCGGACGUACGCUCGGUCUGAUGACGAGGAGUUCGACUUUAGCGACUCAGCCAGUGAGGGGCGCCAUCGUAGUGGAUUCGGGUUUCGGUCGCACGUGGAUUCAGACGACGAGAGCUGGUGA